AUGGAUGGUUUUUCACAGAAUGUGACAGAACUAAGGCUUUCUGAUAAUCCUGCCUGGGAAGGGGACAGAGGAAACACAAAAGGUGACAAACACGAUGACCUCCAGCGGGCACGUUUCAUCUGCCCCGUUGUGGGCUUGGAGAUGAAUGGCCGGCACAGGUUUUGCUUCCUGCGAUGCUGUGGUUGUGUGUUUUCUGAACGAGCCUUGAAAGAGAUAAAAGCAGAAGUUUGUCACACAUGUGGGGCUGCUUUCCAGGAGGACGACGUCAUCGUGCUCAACGGCACCAAGGAGGACGUGGAAACGCUGAAGAGGAGGAUGGAGGAGAGGAGGCUGAGGGCGAAGCUGGGGAAGGUAACAGAGCCCUGGGGUCCACCCCCACCCCCAGAGUCUUCAGGUGCUGCCAGCUGCCUCUGCCGUGGGGCCAGUGGCAAGCCCCCGAACUGCCCUGCUUUGGGGCGUGCAGUGAUUGAGGCGCUUUUACAACCUUGAAGGGCCUGGGCUCAC